AUGGCGUGGUUGAUUAUCCUUCUUCUCUGCAUUGCAAAUUCCAGUGCCCGCUUUUUGGAUGUCACCAGUAGAAGUAAGCCCGAAGUGGAGGAAAGACUAUUCACUCUCCUUCUAAGGCUGCAAGUGGAGGAGUUCUACGACACACUGCUAGUCUAUGGAGAGGACUGUGUUUUCCAUUCUCUAUCCCGGCGAUUGAAUGCAUCCACAGUGCUCGCGUCUUCGGGUAGCACCAAAUUUGAUUGGGACUUCAGCAGUCUAACCCUGAUACUUAGCUGCAGUCCUGAAGAGGAAAAGGAGGCGAACUACCGUACUUUAAUUAAGCUGCAACGAAACAGACGCUUAGUUUACCUAAGAGGCAAUAAUCAACCUGAUGCUGUGUGCGAAAGAUAUUCGCACAGGGAGCAAUACAAUAUAGCCUUGUUAAGAGAUGACUUCGAUAAGUCAGGAUCUAUCUACGCCUGUCGCCACUUUGAAGAUCCUAACUUUGAAGAAGUAAGUUUAUCGGAUAAUACGCCGAUUUACAUUGAACAGUUACGAAAUAUGCACGGAAGACCCAUCAAGACAGUGCCCGACCUCUUAUCCCCACGUUCCAUGCUUUAUCCGGAUCCCAAGAGCGGGGAUAAGAAGAUGACAGGCUAUGUGGCCAAUGUUAUUAACACUUUCGCUGAGAAAGUAAAUGCUACGUUGCAAUUACAAAUCUUGAACAAAAAAUCCAUCGUAAGGGAAAUAUUAAAAAUGACGGAAGAAGAACAGCUUGACAUUGGUGCCACCUUGAAAUCCUCCUUGGGUUCAACGUUCUUAGAAACAGCCAGUUAUCCCUACAUUCUCACUUCGUACUGUCUAAUGGUUCAAGUUCCAGAGAAAUUGCCAUAUAGUUUGGUGUACGCCGUGAUCGUGGAUCGCCGUGUUCUCGGAAUUAUCUUCAUUGUCUUCUGCAUAUUUUCCAUGCUGCUAAUUUAUAGUCAGAAAAUGUCGUGGAAGGAUCUGAGUCUGGCCAACAUACUGCUAAACGAUAAAAGCCUGCGUGGUCUCUUGGGCCAAUCCUUUCCCUUUCCCUUGAAUGCAAACAAACACUUGAGGCUAAUAGUUAGCCUAGUUUGCUUUGCAAGCAUUAUGUUGACCACCAUGUACGAGGCAUACCUGAAUUCCUAUUUCACGAAUCCUCCAUCCAAACCAGGAAUUCACUCCUUUGGGGAUAUUGGUAAGAAUGAAAAGAAGAUUGCAAUCCCAUUGAUUGAGGUAAAUGCUCUGAUACAGCACAAUAAUUCGUAUUUCCAAGAAAUUCAGAAUGAUAAUAUAGUAGUAAUCGACAGCAUGCCGGAGUGCAAUGAGCUGCGGGACGCCUUUAACCUCAGCUUCAACUAUGUGGUAACAGGAGAUCGAUGGAGCGCCUACGCGGAGCAGCAGACGCUCUUCAAAGAGCCAGUCUACUACUAUGCCAGGGACCUCUGCUUCUCAAGACUAAUCUUUCUGUCCGUUCCCCUGCGCCCGCACUUGCCCUACCGCCACCUCUUCGAAGAUCACAUGAUGCGGCAACAGGAGUUCGGCUUGGUGAGCUACUGGAGGAGUCACAGCUUCUUCGAUAUGGUGAGACUAGGCCUCACACCUCUCAAGGACCUCAGUCAUCCGAAAGCAUACACUCCAAGUCUCCUGUUGGAAGACGUCUCGUGGAUAUUGAAAAUCUACCUAGCUGCCAUUAUGAUCAGCGUUGUUUGCUUCAUUUUGGAAAUAGGAGUAAAUAAGUGGAAGUGUUGGCGGGAAUUAAGAAACCACAACCAAUAA